GUCUGGCACUAACAUAGCCUGCUGCAAGAGUCUAAGGAGAAAUGGAAAAUCUACUGAAGCUGUGUCUCUUUCUUCUCUGCUUUGAAACUGCUCUCACUCUACAGUGUAUACUGUGUAAGUCUUACAAAAACAGGGAAUGUGUUGAUGGGAAUCAGACAUGCACUGCACAACCUGAUGAAGUCUGUAUUAUCCGCAGAACCUGGUAUGCAUCUGAUUAUGAGAAUUUGCAAAGUGCAGAGUCUGGGUGCAAUGAAUCCUGUGAACUAGAUGAAGAGUUUUCUGAUGGUCUAACAAUACACACACAGUGCUGCAAUGAUGAAGAUUUCUGUAAUGACAUCAAUUCACCAAUUAUGAUGACUUAAGGUGGGAAAAUGGAUGUCAAUUUCUCAAAAAUCCUCAUAUCAAAAUAUGUAUGCUGUGAGCUCAUUUCUCUAAGAUCUCCU